UAGUAGAAACUAUUGCAAUUUAAAUAGUGUGCGUUGCAUGGCGGGCCAUUCUAAAUGGGCCAAUAUAAAGCAUACAAAAGCGAAAAAUGACGAAUUUAAAUCGGCGCUCUUUGCAAAGAUUGCGAGGCAACUUCGACUGGCCAUACAAGACGGAAAUUCAGCAGAUCCAGCUAUAAAUCCCAGUUUACAAUCAGAAAUAGAAAAAGCUCUUAAACAAAACAUGCCCAUGAGUACUAUUCAAAAAACUUUAAAUCAGUUUAAACGUGUUGCACAAAAUGUAAAAAAACAUAGGUUGGAUAUUCGAUUUAAGAGGAACAUAUAUAUCAUUUGUACUAUUUGUACGGACAAUUUUGCUGCAGUUAAGAUGGAUGCAGCGGCAAUGGUAAAAAAAAGCGGAGGAGAAUACAUAGAUGUUGGGCACAUGUUUCAGGAUUGCUGCUUGAUACAAAGCCAAUAUGAUACAUCAAAGCUCUUGGAAGGACAGAGCUUAGAAGACAGAGCAGUUGAAGAUGCAAUUGAGCUCGGAGCUGAAGAUAUUCAAAUAGUUGACAUAACCACAGGCUCUAUCAAUUUUUUUUGUGAUCCAGAUAAUGUAUUUAGUUUAAGUAAAGCAUUAGCCAAUGUUGGAUAUUCUAUUGAGAAUUGCGAACACCUAUAUGUAUCAAACAAUCUUGUUACACUAUCGUUAAAUGAAAAAACAGCUUUUGACGCAUUUAAAGAAAAGUUACGGAAUAUUCCUGGGUUAGAAGAUAUUUAUGACAAUGUAGAAUAGCACGUUAGAAAUUCUGGUAAAUUUUUGAUUAACUGGCAUAUGCUUACAAAAACGCAAAAAACCGAUGAUGGACCGCGAUUUAUUAGGAAUUUACGUGCAGAAACUGACAGUCGGACAUGGUUAUUUUUUAAUGGAUUUUCAAAGUUUAAUUUUUGGCUAUACAAAAUGUAAGCAUAAUCACAUAUGCUAUUCAAUGAAAUGUCAAAAUAUAAACAUAAUCUUUUAUGAUUUGGAAUGGAA